AUGCCGCAACUCUUUCCGUCCGACCCAUCGGCGACGAUGGUGAUUCGUUCAGUGGUACCGCAAAUCACUACUUUUAGUCUGCCAUUCGCGCGGUUCGGAAUCAUGCGCUUCGGUGCUCGAGGAACACUGGUCAAGCUCGAGACAGGUUCACUCGCGAUCUUCUCACCCGUUAGCCUCACCCCAGAAGUCCGUGAGACAGUCCAGUCACAAGGCGGAAGCGUCAAGUACAUCAUCGCGCCGGAUCUUGAGCACCAUCUGCACAUCACAGCAUGGAAGAACGCCUUCCCUGAAGCGCACAUCAUCGCCCCUGAGGGAUUAUGGGAGAAGCGACAGAAGGUUCCCGAGUUCAAGGAUACCCCGUUCGAGCAUGUGUUUAAGAAGGAUGGGAGCCCACGAACAAUCUCACAAGAGUUCGACACCGAGUUCGAGAUCGAGUACGUGCACGGUCAUAGCUCCCGUGAACUCGUCUUUCUCCACAAGCCCUCGCAUACUAUGAUCGAGGCCGAUUUGCUUUUCAACCUGCCUGCCAAUGAGCAGUACUCGAAGACUGAAGAGGGUAGCACUGCCAAUUUCCUGACUCGCCUGUUUCUCCCCGUUUUGGCUGUUAAAGCCCCUGCUACUCCUCAUCGUCGCUUUGCGUGGUAUAUCCUGGCCAAGGAUAAGAAGGCAUUCACAGAGUCGAUGCGCCGUAUUAUUCGAUGGCACUUUACUCGCAUCAUUCCAUGCCAUGGGGAUGUGAUUGAGAUUGGUGCCAAGGGCGUGUUUCAGGAUGUCUUCGCCUGGUUUUUGAAGGAUGAUCACAAGCAUGUCUAA